AUAGUAAAGUUCGAAAAAUGAAGAUUGGUGAACUAAGGCCAGAGCAGUCAGCUACCGUUGAGGCUCUAGUGCGUGAACUGCAAAACCUAGAUAGCAAUGCGUUUCCUGCUCUACACUCUUUGGCAGAAAAUGAACUUUUCCGUUUACGUGGCGGGAUCGCAGACUCCUUCGAUCUGGUUAGUAACAAGCCUGUAAAGGUGAGAGCGAAAAUCGAGAUACCGCAGGCCCAGUACCCAGCUAUAAACUUCGUCGGAAAACUCCUAGGUCCAGGUGGUCAAACCCUGCGGUCGGUUCAGGAAUCAACCAAGACUAAAAUGGCAAUUUUGGGAGCUGGUUCUCUAAGAGAUGAUGCGAGAGAAAAACAGCUUUUAUCCAAUGGUGACCCAAAAUACCAACACCUAAAGCAAAAGUUGCACCUUCAAAUAGACAGUCUAGGUGCCCCGUCUGAAUCCUGCUAUCGGCUAGCACACGCCCUGUCGGAAGUCCGAAAAAUUAUGCUGCCAGACCAGCCUGAAUCUUCAACCCAGUCUUGGACACAGCCAAACGAAACCUCACCUGUGAUCCCCAGAGGUGCACCUGUCGUGAGGAAUGUUAAGCAUACAUUUCGCGCUCCACCUUUUUCCAUUCCUUUUUCUACACCCCCAGUCCAGCUUCCUUUUCGUGGUCGAGGUAAACCUUGGGUUGGUAGAGGUGUUAUGAAGAACGGUAUAAAUGUCCAACCGCAAGCCACUAUCACUCCCGAAGUGUUCUCUAACGAUGUCAACCCAAUCACGUUUUCUUCAAUACCCGUAUACGACCAAACAGACUUCAACCCUCAUACGUUUGAAGAUUUUGGAAUAAACUAUGGUAGGUCUGGUGACAUCUUUCUCUUCAGUGUUUUUGAAGUAUUUUCGGGGCUUAACUGAAGUCUAAAUUUUUGAUCUAGGACAAGACGAUACGUGGGGAAAAGCCAGCAUCUCAGAAUCUCGUGGACGAGGCCGAGGCCAUCCCUACGCGCGUCCAGGAAUCAGUAAUGAUCACAAUUUUGGGUAAAUAAUUAAUUUGACCAUGAGGCUCCGUCAUCAAUAAGUAAUUCAAUAUGACAAUGAAGCCAGAGGUGCAUUUCACGUGUGUUUUCACCUAUGAACUACCACUAAACUCGGUAAAAUUGCUUAAAUUGUCUAAUUGCUUCUCUGUAGUACUGUCUCUAAAUAUGUAUUUACAAAAACUUUUUAAAUUCACUAACUAAAUAAAUACCAUAAUACCUCUGUCAUGAUCCUGACUCCGGAUACUUUGACUUCUCUUACAUUCACUCAAAAUAAACUUUUAAAAUAUUGCAAUGUUAAUAUGUUUGACAGCAAGAUAUAUGCUUCUCGUCUUGUUUCAGUGUCUACAGUGGUAAUAUUGAGCAUCAUUCUAGUCUAACUUGCAAUGGACAAUAUAUGUUCAUCCUUUCGAUGCGAUAUAGUGUUUUGUCAUUUCAGUAGCUUACGUUUUCACUUAAGCUGCAGAAAGUUUUUUAACAUGAACUACACAAAAGUCAUGUAGUUCUAUGCUCAUGCACCUUUGUUUAUUAUGGGCACGGUAAAUCCUUGAUGCAGAUACCGUUGGGUUUACCUGACGUUUUCGGUUGACUGUUCAUCUGGCAUUCUAACCCGAUGACUGCUUAGAGCAUGUGCGUAGUCGCUCGAUGGCUGUUUAACGUCUACGUUCACCUCGAGGUCCCACGUGACUUUGGUUAUGACUCAUCUAACUACACUGCUGCACAUUCUUAAAGCAAGUCUCAUAGUCACAUGUAAACUUUUCGAAGGCUAGUGUCUUUUCUGAACAGUACUACUGAUCCGCAAGUGAACGUGUAAACCCCUGCACCCAGUUCACCAGGUGUAGGAGCACGGAAUUACCAGUCCUCAUUACCCCAACAUAACGGGGUUGUUUCCGUAUGUGACAGAAUGAAAGCAGAUGUCAGUGGACACGGGUGAAGUGAACAAAUUGGUGGGCCUUAGUCCCACAUUAUCCGUUCAUAUGGCCCUUGCGAUCCCAAAUGGUGUGUGCUGCGGCGGGCGUGAUGACCUUCCGCUGCACUGUGGAUCACACCGAAACCAAUCCCCGUAAUGGGACCACUCAGGGUAACUGUCUGCAUCUCUCAAAGCUAUCAGCUAUCAACAAUCUCUAAGCAAGUUAUGAAUUAGCACAAUGAAAAACGCGAUUCACCAGAUCUUCCUAGAAAAUAAAUAUUCAACUUGUCACGCCUGAUUCAUAAUUAUUAUUGUAUCGGAACGAUAGGAUAUAUUCGUAAUUUUCAAAUAACGCCUUCGCUGUUUACUUCUAUUCAACUAGUCAGUUUGCAGUGUGUUGAGUUGCUAAACCUUUUUUCCAAAUUCGAAGUAGCUAUAUUUCAGUGCGACAUUUAAAUCAAAUUUAAGGGAAAGACGCGUACUUACUAUGCUGACUACCAUCAGCGUCCAGACCGAACAGAUCAGAAAAUAGACACGUUCAACUAGGACCCCUGAGAGUCUUUAUAUUAAUGUAUGCCACAUUCUGGGUAGACGAAAUUUCACCGAAAUGCAAGCUGUUACUCUCGGACAAGUUUGUGCUAAUGCUUUGCCUAACAAUGAUAAAUUAUGCGGUUGCUUGCGUUAAACAUUUCAUUUGCUCGGGAAGUCGAAUCAACCUCAGUGAGUGAGUGAUCAACGAAAUUUGGGAACGGAUACAAAAGGCUCGCUUGGCCUUCACCACUUAUAGCAAGAUCAUGAUGUCCGUUUGCCUAUAGAGGGUCUAGCGUGCUACGCUGCAGCUCGCUCUGUUCUACACUAUGGCUGUGAAACAGCCAUAAAAGGUAGAAAUCACGAAAAGGUUAUCUUGGUAGCAUACACGGUGUAUCAUGCUGUCACCACGUCAGCAACGUAGAAGUCAGGCGUGAAGUUCUAGGGAAAAGAGGAAAGUCAGUCGAUGAGGUUGUGGACUUUCAUGCACUCAGGUACCUGGGACAUGUGUUACGCAUACUUAGUCACCAUCCGCCCUGUCACACAUUGUUAGCUGAUGUAGGUUCGGGUUGGAAAAAGGUUUGAGAUCAAGACGAAGACAUGGCAUCAGUUCAUAAAGUCUCUGACUGUUGGCUUAAGCUGUGUGGGGGAAGGUAGACCUUCUGUUGUGAACCACGUGAUGACGGCGAUUUCUAAACUCUAGAUGAUAUGGCUCAGGAUUUAUCUCUGGCACAGAUGUAUCCACUCGUUAUCCUUACUGUGACCAUCUUGCCGGAUUUUAUUACUAUUUCUGUCAUUGCCUCUUCACGACUUUGCCAUUUUCGAUCGCUCUCUCCGCCUUUUAUUUUGUUAUCUUGGUGUGUUGACAUCAAAUGUGACAACACAGAGCGUUAGGCAUUAAUGCCAGGUCACACGUUUAACCUGACUGACCAUUCUUUGCUAGCCUCAGUUUAUCGUUCAGUCGUCGCUGUUUAACUUGCUGCUGGCACUCUGUCACUGAAAACGGAAUUAACUUGUGAGACUGUGGAUGUUUUGAAAGGCUGAAGCACCCUUCUGAAAUCUGACUGCUCAUCAGUGUGAACUGUAUCAUUGACUGUCAUCAGAAAUGUCCUCCUAAACCGAUUUGUGUAAAUGGAUUGGUUGCUCCCACAUUUGCAAUAAAAUAUCAAAGUGAGUUAGACACAGUUUUUUUCCAACAUCGAUAGUUGUAGAUUUGUUUCUCCUGCACCUACAAAACGUCAACAUCCUGCUGCUCCAGUGACAUCGACUUCAGUAUCUGGCGCUUAAUGGUCGGUUAAAACUGACCUGCUUUGCAAAACGGCGGUCUAUGGACGACUUCAAGUGUGAUAGCGCCAUAGGAUAACCAUCUUAAGUAAUCUACCCUUAGCUCUUUUUUGGGAUGAGAGUAUUCAGGGAACUGACUAUGUUUCUUGACAGGGCGUAACAGCUUUAGCGUUGCAUCACGGGAAUGAAUUGUAGAACUAUGGCUCGUUAUUCCAAGCACUCGACCUCCUGCUCAUGGGUUACGUGUUUAGAACUCAGCUCCACCUACCGAGCUAUGGCAGCCCCGUAGUGCCACUAACCCUUACGCAUUGCCUACUGCACUAGUAUGCACAGGUUGACUGAAGGGAUUUCGAUUUUUCACCCAACUAGAUGAAUCCAUUGUUCUCUUCGAGAAAGGAGGAAGGGUACGCGUUGUCUGUUGAGGAGGAGGUUAAAAUGCCCGUAUUUAAGCACGGUGGAUGUCAUCAUCAUUACGGGAGAAAAUAUUGUAACAUUGACUUCGUUGAUUUGGACACGUUAUGUAUGUCAUCAGAGUUACUCCCAAACUCUUAACAGAUCGUUUGCAGUGGAACCGGUUUGAAAAAUCGGAAAGGCUCUUAGCGCAUUACAUAGUGUCGUGGAAUAAAGAACAGUGCUAAUUUCUCAUUUGUUUAUGCCUUGCGACUCUGAAUGGUGUUUGAUUCAUCAUGCGACUUAGUGGCUUGAUACGUCAGAAGAUGAACGGCUCCAAAUCAAAUCAAUUGGCGGCUAACCUGUUUUUCUCGUUUCUUUUAAGUGAGGAGUAAGAUGAAAGUAAUGAGUACUCUGAUUGUAUGUUUGAGAUUGCUUAUAAUAACCCACUUGUUUUUGUCCUCAUUCUUUUUCCUCUUCAUGUAUCGCGCUUUCUGAUAUAUUAUUUUGCAUGGUGCAUCUCUUGGCACCAAUCUUGUACCAAGUUUUUUUCCAAAUAAAAUAAAAAUAAUCAGUUUCUUAGUUAAAGAUGACGGUACUGCAGUUACUGCUUGUUCAUAAUAGUGGUUCAGCGAACAUUUCCUUGGCGAAAGCUGAGCAUUUUAGCUUUUUAACCAUGCUCACUGCUCUUUGGUACAUCGUUUGGAUUAUAAAUCUUUGCUCUGUAGCUUUUAGGUACUUAUUCUCUUGGGCCUUUAUGUUGGAUUGCACUGCUAUGGAAAUAUACACCUGCUUACUUGUUUCUGCAUCAAGGUCCUAAAUCAUGAGUUCCAUCCUUUCCAGGACAUCUGUAUCGUACUGUCUAUCACUAGGUGUAUUUGUGAGCAUAGUCUCGAAAUACAGUCACACUUAUCAAUCUUAUUGAACUUUUUCUUGUAAGCGGUAUAUGCGUUGUGCUAUAAUCGUUUGGGUAAUUAUAGAUUUGCGGGUAAAGGAUUUAGGUUGCUGGACUCGGAGUGCUGGUUUUAAUUGACUGCAUGUUGGUUGGUUCUCAGUCAGAAUAACACUUAACAACAUGAACCGAAUGGAAGCAUUGCACUUUAAAUCAUCUAAAUUGUUUUGAAAUGUUUUGAUUUUGCAGUGUGCUUGUGCACUAAUUCGAGCUUCAUACAUCAAACAGUUUUUGUCAACACACUUUGAGUAUGCUCAUAAUUGGUCAUUCAUACUCCCUACUAGAUACUAUACAAACAAAUGUAAUGUCCAGCAGCACUGUAAUUGACCCUUACGGCAAAGUUGGUAAGAACUUGUUCGAACAUAUUUUCAGAUAUGCUGUGUUGUGAAUUUACUGUUACGCUAAAAGGGUAAAGCAGUAUUCCCAUUAUUUUUCUUGAUUGAAGUUUCUAAACAGUAAGAAUAGUAAUCAGGAAGUAAAAGAAUUAUAGUGAAA